AUGGGGAUAACGUUUUCGAGGACAAAACGACUGAUAACAACAAGGUCGCAGCCUGACGAAGAAAUAAAUUUCUUCCUCAACAACGAAACCCCUCAAACACUGUCCACGAAUUCUAUCGAACAACAACACGAUGAUCAACUAAUAUCUUCUUUCCUCGAAGUCGCUGUCGGUCAGACCGUCGAGACCGCAAAAAGGUUCUUGGAGACAACGAACUGGAACAUAGAGGAAUCCAUCAAUCUUUUUCUCCUCCGCAACAACUACGAUCAUGCCGCGGAGGAAAGUAACGAGUCAACGACGUUCGAUGGUGGAGAAUCAGAUUCGACAUUGUCUUCCAUGUAUCGUCCUCCUGUAGACAUGCUUUUCGAGGGUCGUACGUUUGAGGAAGCGAAGUCAACUUCUUGUACACAGAAUCUAUGGUUGCUAGUGAAUCUCCAGUCCAGAACAGAGUUUGCUUCUCACGCGCUCAAUCGUGAUUUAUGGGCGAACGACACCGUUUCGGAAGCUCUUAUGUCCAGCUUCGUCUUGUGGCAGGUCUAUGAUAACACAAUCGAAGGGAAGAAGAUCUCGAACUUCUACAAGAUGGACUCUGCUCCACCUGUGGUGCUUGUGAUCGAUCCCGUCACCGGUCAGAAGAUGGGGAUGUGGAGCGGCGUGAUUGAUGCUCAGAGCUUUGUGGAGGAUUUGUCGUGGUUUUUGGAGGCUGGUCCUCAUGAGCAUAUUGCUUCACUGAUAAGGAACAGAUACCCUGAAGCGGAGGAGGAUCAGACUUGUUCCAAAAGCAACAACAAUGAUCAAGUCCCGGUUCCUUCUUGGGGUGAAGAGUUUGAAAAGAAGGAGGAUUGGUCGUCAAGCAACAACGUCGAGGGUCCUUCUUGGGGAGAAGAGUUUGAAAACGUGGAGGAGACGUGUUCUUCAAGCAACAAUGAUGAUGAUGACAUCGUUGAUCCUUCUUCGGGGCCAGAAAAACACUGGGUAGAGUUACCGGAUUUGACAGAAGAGCCCAAAGUAGACUGUGAUAAAAGCCUUGUGUGCAGUCUCUCUGUUCGUUUUCCAGAUGGGACAAGAAAGCAGAGAAGAUUUCUCAAGAGCGAACCUUAUCUACUUCUCUGGUCUUUCUGUGAUUCUCUCUUGGAAGAAUCAGAGAUUAAUGCGUUUAAGCUGGUACAUGCGAUUCCUGGUGAUUCCAAGACUCUUGAUUAUAGACUCUAUGCGACUUUUGAGGAAUCUGGACUCGCUAAUUCGAUGAUCUCGGUUCUUUCGAAGUGAAUACUUCGAGUUUUAGGCCAACCUUUAACUAAGAAGGCAAGAAAAGGAUUGUGAGUUUUAGUUCGAGCGUGUUGCUGUUUCUUUUCUGCUUCUUUAUUCCUUGUAAUGAAUCAGUCACCGUUCUAGUAAAAUUUCAGUUUCUUCUU